GCACAGUGUGAAAUUUGUCUUGCCAGGCUGGCUGAACCUGAGGAUGGGGAGUCAAAACUUUGACUCUUGUCAUGUUCUUGACCAUGGGCCUCCAGGGUCCUUCCCUUUCAUCCUUCACUUCCUACCCCACCUUCCAACUGUGUUUCAAUGCCUUUUCUAUCAUGCCUCUGAUCUUGUAAGCUUCAAUCAUAGUGACUCUGAGGACUCUUCAAUCAUAGUGAUUCUGAGGACUGUCAAUUUCUCCUAGGGCAGAUUACCCCCCAGUGCG